AUGGAAACCGCAUCUUCAGAAAAAUAUUUGUUUUUUUCUGGAAACGAGUCGAGUCAGUUUUGCAACCACCCACAGGAUUUACAGUUACUUCGCGAUCAAGCAACGAGACCACAACCACCGAUGAUUGGAAGCCUCCACGCCAGCCCCUUCCAUCGGUCAGCAUUUAGUGCGCCCAUCAAAUCGUCAUCUCCUCAGCAGGCGCAGAAAGACCAGGUGUGCAAACAAGCGUAUUGUUGGCAGUCCACGUCAGAAGAGUGGAGAACUCCUGUCUUGAACGAACAUGAAAGAAGAUCGCUGUUUGGUACACCAGUCGAUUGGGAGGAGGGACCUAUCGACCUCUCAUUGUCGAAGGAGAAGAAGAAUGUCAUCACAACCAGCUUGUGCAGUAACACAGAAAGACUUGAAUGCAUGGACAAUGCGAUUGGUCCCGAAGACCUGACUGUCCACGCGUCGUCCACACGCGUUGCAAGUCCAAAGACGGCGACGGGGCGGACGUCGACGUCGAACAGGAAGACCGGGCGGAAACUCCUGCAGUGUCCCGUGCCCGGUUGUGAUGGCAGCAGCCACGCAUCAGGGAACUACGCCUCUCACCGCAGUAUCAGUGGCUGUCCAAAGGCUGACAAGGCGAUGGUUCAAGCAUUCCAUGUGGAACAGAAAUGUCCGACACCAGGAUGCGAUGGCUCGGGCCACGUCACCCGGAACUACACCAGUCAUCGAAGUCUGAGUGGCUGUCCACGCGCCCACAUGCUCGGCAUCAGGCGCCAGCAUCAGAUCCUCGCUCUUCGCAACCAGCAGCAAAUGCAACUCAGUUGUCUAGGCUUUUCUCGAUUAAAUGGGAUUCCAGCAAUUGAAAAAUAUGCAUCGGUAGAUAACGACUGCGGUUCGCCAUGGAUACAGGACCUAAGAAUUAAUCCAGACAACUCACAUCCACGCAACCAAAGCAGUCUGAACACAGUGUCUGGUCUUCAAAUCAACGAAAUGCAACAAGUCUCAGUGGUGGAGCCCGUAGGUCGACUGCCUGACACGCACGAUGCCCGAUCAGGCGGAUCUCCCUUUUCGAGCGUCAACCUCCUGGUGGGCGAAAUUUCACUACCAGAAGUGGCAAAAGGGGCCUCUCCGUGUGACUAG